AUGGCAGACAGUGCCAAGCAGGCCAACGAGGAGUGCCAGCGCACAGCCAGCUCUAUGACCACCUCCCUGGCCGCAAAGGAGGAGGGGGCCCGCGCGCUCGCGCUCCGAGCGGACGCAGCGGAGGCGGCGCGCGCACAGGCCGAGGCGGACGCGGCGGCGGCGAGGGCGAGGCUGGAAUCUGAGGUUGCAGACCUGAGGGCGAGGGCGGCGGCCGCCGAGGCGAGGGCGGCCGAGGCGCACGGCAGGCUCGAGUCCGAGAGGCAGCGGCGGCAGGGGCUGGAGGCAGGGGCCAGGCAGAGCAACCUGCUGCGGCACUUGCCCAGGGCCGAGGGCGCCAGCGACCGCGGCGCGGCGCAGCAUGGGGAGCUGGCGCCACUUCUGAAGCAGCUGGCACGCAAUGGGGACGUGCUGGUGGCAGUGUGCGACAGGGACAUGACGCACCCAUCAGACUACCUCACCACCUGGGUCCGCCAGGUGCAGCACCUCGGCCUGUCCAACGCGCUGGUGCUGUCCAGUGACAGCACUGUGGUGGGCAAGGUCAAGGCGCUGGGCAUGGACGCGCUGCUCAUCAACCCCAAGGUGGUCCCCGAGGCCCCGCCAGCAACGCGCCACGCGGCGCUCAAGUGGGCGGCCCUGGGUCUGGUGCUGGACCUGGGCUACUCUGUGCUGUACAGUGAUCUGGACGUGGCGUUUGUGAGGGACCCCUUCCCGCUGCUGAAGAGGGACUCGGACCUGGAGGCCAUGAGCGGCGCUGCCGACAGGGAGACCGCCUACGGUCUCGACCAGCCCGCGCCCGGCGAGGCAACCGCCUUGGCGCCCCGGCGCCUUGUCAUCGCCGGGCUGUCCCCCAGCCUGCUGUACCUCCGCCCCACCCAGGCCGCUGCCGACCUGGCUGCGUCCAUGGUGCGCGGCCUCCAGGCGGGCGCCGACCCGGAGGGCAGCCUCCUAGACCGCGCAACGCUUGCGCCGGCACACGGCGAUUACGUGCGCUCUGUCCGGCUGCGCGUGCUGCCUGUGGAGCGAUUCAUGGCGGCGGCGGCGCUGUUCGGGGCCAGGCAGGGGCCGAGUGAGGUCCUGGGGGCCGGGGAGGCGGCGGUGGUGCACUUUGGGCGCGGGCAGGGGGAGCGGCUGCGGGGCAUGCGUGCCGUCAUAGACUACGCGCACGGCCGCACGGAGGGCCUCGAGGCGAUGGCGUCGCCAGCCCGGGGGGCCAAGCGGCAGCAGCAGGACUGA